AUGACGCGGUACGCCUUUGAUGUCGUUGGAGAACUUUACUUCAGCCGUAUGUUUGGGUUCAUGAAAGACAAGCACGAUUAUCGCGGUUACAUCGCUUCGCUCGACAUCCUGCUGCCUGUCAUGACUGCUGCUUGUGUUAUGCCAACGUAUGUCCGCCCUGUAUUCUUGCUAGGCGGUGCGGUGGUUCCGGGGGUGUGGGAUGGGCUGAAAAAGCUACGUGACAUUGAGCAAGCGGCGGAGUCUUGCGUGCAUGAGCGGCUACGGUUGCUUGAGGAAGGAAACGAGUUCAAGCGGAAAGACAUCGUGGCGAGCCCGUUCGAGAUACAGCAGGAGAAAGGCGCCAAAGUGGAUUUUGGGAUUGUGGAUGUCAAGUUGGAAAUUUACAUCGCGCUCCUGGCUGGCAGUGAUACCACAGCAGCGGCGAUCACUUCCGUGCUGUACCAUCUUAUGAAAACCCCCUCAGCCUACAGGAGACUGGUCGAGGAAAUCGACAGCGCAACCGAGUCUGGCCAACCCAGCCGCCCUAACAUCCGCUACAACGAAGCUGUCAAGCUGCCGUUCUUGGAUGCUUGCUGUAAGGAGGGAAUGAGGGUCCAUCCGAGCGUUGGUCUGACCUUGCCACGCCAUGUCCCUCCUGGCGGAUGCAGCAUCUCCGGACAAUGGUUCGAUGCGGGCACUCGGGUGGGCGUCAAUGCCGCUGUAAUCCACUUUGACAAAUCGGUGUUUGGCGACGAUGCCGAUGAGUCCAAACCGGAGAGGUGGUUCCGAGAGGAUGCAACGAACAUGGAUAGAUAUAUGUUUCAGGCAAGAACACGUGCCCCCCUCUAUCCUCAUUGUUUUGGCGCUGGUGCUAGAACAUGUAUCGGGAAGAACAUCUCAUUGUGCGCGAUGUACAAGGUAGUCCCUCAGCUCCUCCGGUCGUAUCAUCUGGAAUUGGCCGAACCUCGAGUGCUGUGGGAGACCCACAACUACUGGUUCAACAAGCCGAGCAACGUACAGACAAGACUUCGGCGGAGAUGA